CCCACCCUUGUUUUUCGUAUCGCAAUGCUGCACACCUUGAUUUCAUGCAUUACGUACCUUUUCACCUUACGGAUAUGAGAUAGGUCAUAUCACAACAGUGAAAAUGAGCUUACAAGAUACAACUGACCAUGUGUCAGCAGUUAAUUCACCUAGCAUAUCUUCAAGAACAAAAAAUUGGGUCCAAUUUGAGGAUGAAGCACCUGUCAAAGAUAAUGAUAGUAAAGAAGAAAAAGCUAAAACAAAUACACCAGCUGUAAUAAAACCAGAAUCAGUUACAGUAAAUGUUGAAAAAAUUGGAAAAUCUACUGAUAAAUUAGAUAAUCAACAAACGAAGAAUCAUGAAUAUAGAGGUGCUGUGAUAUCAACUGAAUCCGUCCAAAUUAAUUUAGAUAGGUCAGGUUUAAGUCGCUCUAUUACAUCUGAAAGUCCAGAUCUUAAUUUACCAUCUGAAGUAAGAGUUUCUGAUCCUAAGAGUGCUUCUCUAAAGACUAUUGAUCUCCGUGAUGUAUCUAAUGGAAGAAGUGCUACCAAUAAUAUUAUAAGUACACCUAUUGGAAACAUUAGACAAGGUUUUGCCAAUGGAGAUACUAUAGUUACCCUUUUACCAGUUAAUACCAGAUGGCCAUGGAUUACUCCAGCUAAAUUUCGUCCAGAAUUAGUACCAGAAGAAUUAAUGGCUCAAGGUCUAACGCUUACUGUAGAAGAUUACGUACAUAUAAUGGAGCUUCUUGUGAACGAUGUACGUUUCAAUAUGUACAAUGUAUGCUACAAAAGGAUUCUUGUACUUUGGAUAUUUACUGCAUUUAUCGUAUUGCUUGGCUUAUUGUUUUCUGGAGUAACUGGUCUUACUUUAUUUGGGCUUGGCGUCAUGUGGUUAGUCCUCAAUGCUGCUGCAAUAUUUUUUUGCAUGUUCAUCAAGAUAAAAUUAAAUCAUAAUCUUGAAAAAUGUAUGGGUCAAGUGAACAAGCAUUUACUUCGACAUAAAAUUUUGCUUGGAUUGGAUGAUAGAGGGAAGAUUUCAUGCCACAAAGUCAAUCUUUGUUUCAUAUACUUUGAUACUACAGAUUGCAUUAAAAAAUUGCAAGAAGUUAUAGAACGAGAAGAACGUGAAGGAAGGGUAAUUGGUGAAGAUGGAAAUUCAGAAAUGCGUCGGAAAAGAGAGUUACAACAACGAAUGGAUAUAGAUGACAGUGAUAUUGUAAUACAAGGCAAUACAACUACUAGAAUUUCUCGCAAACAGGAACGGGCGGAGUUGCUGUUGCUGAGGUAUGCAUCUCGAUGGGCACACCACUUUGUGCGCCGCAGACUUGAUCUGGUUAUAGACUCACAGGAACGUAAUAGAGACAUCGCGGGUUUAUCAGUUCCACCACGACAUUGUGUCUCCGCCCGUUGUCCUUGUCAAUUCAUUGAGGACCAUCUUAAAUACAAGCCUAGAGGAUAUCCAGCUGGCUUUACAUGGUGUGCUUAUCUUAAUGAUCCAUUACGUCGUUUGUACACAAAUAUAACCACCAUGCCACCAAAACGAAGCCGAGUCACAAAGGAAGAUUCUACGAAAAUAAAAAAUGAAAACAAAAGUAAAAUAUCAAAAUCUGGAGUAACAUCAAAUAAAAAGUCUAAACGUAGUACAAAUGAUAUUGAUGAGGAACCUACACCAAAGCGUGCCAAAAUAGAUACAAAACCAGUUAUGAAUAAAACAGAUACAGAUUUAAAUGAAACCGAUUUUGACUGUCUAAAAUUAAAUGCAGCAGGAAAUAAGUAUAAUUUAAAAAUUUCUAGUUGGAAUGUUUCUGGUUUAAGAGCGCUUAUUAAAAAAAAUGGGAUAAGAUACAUCAUUAAAGAGGAUGCAGAUAUAGUUGCAUUACAAGAAACUAAAUGUGAUAAAAAUAAGUUGCCCGAAGAAGUUAAAUUAGAUGGAUAUCAUUAUUAUUUCCUUGAAAGUAAAAGACCUGGAUAUUGUGGUGUUGCCCUAUACUCAAAAGAAAAACCACUCGAUAUAAAAUAUGGUUUAAAUGAUCCUGAAUUUGAUAAUGAAGGUAGAUUGAUUACUGCAGAAUAUUCAAAUUUCUUCUUGAUUAAUGUUUAUGUUCCAAAUGCCGGUCAAAAAUUAGUAACAUUGCCAAAAAAAUUAAAAUGGAAUGAAGUCUUUAAGACAUAUAUAAAAAACCUAGAUGAGAAAAAACCUGUUAUUAUCUGUGGUGAUAUGAAUGUUGCUCAUCAAGAAAUAGAUCUUACAAAUCCAAAAACAAAUACAAAAAAUGCUGGAUUUACUAAAGAAGAACGAGAAGGUAUGACAGACUUUUUAACUGCAGGAUUUGUGGAUACUUUUAGAGCUUUGUAUCCUGAUAAAAUAGGUGCAUACACAUUUUGGUCAUAUUUUGCUAAUGCUCGUAUUAAAAAUAUAGGAUGGAGACUAGACUAUUUUUUGGUAUCAGAGCGAAUUAAAGAUAAUGUUUGUGACAAUGUUAUAAGGGAUAAAGUAUAUGGCAGUGAUCAUUGUCCUAUUGUACUUUACAUCAAUAUAUAA